AUGUGCUUCUAUAAAGGUGACCAAAAGAAACAAUACGUGCUUGUACCUGGUGGUGCUGGUUUUAUUGGUAGUCAUUGUGUUAUUGAAUUGAUUACAGCUGGUUAUACACCAAUUGUAGUAGAUAAUGAACAUAAUUCAUCAGCAGAAUGUUUAAAACGUGUUGAACAAAUUACUGGAUGUCAAAUAAUUAAUUAUAAAAUUGAUUGUCUUGAUAUUGAAAAUUUACGAAAUAUUUUUAAAAAAUAUUUAAUUUAUGCAAUAAUUAAUUGUGCUUCACUUAAAUCAGUUGGUGAAUCAGUACAAAAACCAAUUUUAUAUUAUAAAAAUAAUAUUGGUUGUUUACUUAAUUUACUUACAUGUAUGGAAGAAUUUAAUGUUAAAAAUAUUCUUUUUUCAUCAUCAGCUACUGUCUAUGGUACACCUAAAUAUUUACCACUUGAUGAAAAACAUCCAUGUAUUGGUGAUGCUAUUACUAAUCCAUAUGGUAAAAUAGCUGUUGGUCGUUUAUCAUAUGUUAAUAUUUUUGGUACUGAUUAUGAUACUCCAGAUGGUACAGGUGUUCGAGAUUAUAUACAUGUUGUUGAUGUAGCUAUAGGUCAUAUUGCAGCAAUGAAACAAUUUGAAAUGAAUUGUGGUUUAAAAAUUUAUAAUCUUGGUACUGGUAAAGGUUAUUCUGUAUUCGAAAUGAUUAAAACAUUAGAAAAAGCAUCAGGCAAAACAAUAUCUUAUAAAGAAUGUUCUCGACGUCCAGGUGAUCUUGCAACUAAACUUUCCUCUAAAGAAUGUCCAUUAGCAUGUCGAAAUUUUGUUCAAUUAUGUAUGGAUGGUUAUUAUGAUGGUACAGUUUUUCAUCGAGUUGUACCAAAUUUUAUUGCACAAGGUGGUGAUCCAACUGGAACAGGUGAAGGAGGUGAAUCAGCAACUGGAGAAUUCUUUGCAGUAAAUCAUAAAUUAAAUUAA